AUGUCUUCUUUAUGGAGUCACUUCACACACCAAGGGGUCCUUGUAAUUGCUGCAGCUUCCUUCUGCUACUUGAAUGCCCUACAAUCUGGUUUUGUGUUUGACGACAUGUCUGCCAUCCGAGACAACAAGGAUCUUCGACCCUCGACACCGUUGAAAAACCUUUUCUUUAAUGAUUUUUGGGGAACACCCAUUCACAAGGAGCAUAGCCACAAAUCAUACCGUCCUUUGUGUGUGCUGACCUUCCGCCUCAGCUAUGCUUUGCAUGGGCUUGAUCCUUGGGGAUACCAUCUAUUUAACAUCCUGCUCCAUAUUGGAGUGUCUCUGUUGUAUCUUAGGCUAUGCCGAUUCUUCCUACCUUCAAAUGCAAGUUGUAUUGCAGGUUUAUUGUUUGCAGUUCAUCCCAUCCACACAGAAGCCGUGACUGGCGUGGUGGGCAGGGCAGAAAUUCUAUCUUCCAUGUUUUUUCUCUUAGCAUUUCUAUCUUAUAUCAAAUGCAGCAGCUCCUACCAGAGUACAGAGUGGUGUCCAUUGCUGCUUAGUCUGUUAUUUAUUGUUUUGGCCACUUUGUCCAAGGAGCAAGGGAUAACUGUUGCUGCAGUGUGUAUUAUGUAUGAAAUACUCAUCGUGCAAAAGCUCCGAGUAUCAGACCUGGUGCAUGUGGCACACUCCAUGGCAUCCACCAAAAACAGUCCGCCCCUUUGGCUGCGCACUUUACUACUGAGAACAACGGUUGUGGCUGCAGGAGCCAUUGGACUGCUUUUAGCCAGACUUGCCAUCAUGGGUGCCCGGCUGCCCGUCUUUACAAAAUUUGACAAUCCGGCAGCCGCCUCCGAGUUCCCCACGAGGCACCUCACCUACAACUACCUUUUACCCGUGAAUGCUUGGCUACUGAUCUUUCCUUUUGAGCUGUGCUGUGAUUGGACCAUGGGCACAAUCCCUCUCAUUGAGUCAGUGCUGGAUCCCCGAAACCUAACCACCCUGAUCUUCUACACAACAUUGAUUGCCCUGCUCCUGAGAUCUGUGUCCUCCAAUCCCAGGCACUUUCAUCUUGUGUCCAUGGCCUUAAGUCUUCUCAUUUUUCCAUUUCUACCCGCCUCCAACCUGUUCUUCCCGGUGGGUUUUGUGGUAGCCGAACGGAUCCUGUACACUCCAAGCAUGGGAUUCUGCCUACUUGUUGCAUAUGGCUGGCACCUGCUACUUCAGAGAUGCGGCAGGAAACAUUUUUUAUAUUGCCUAGUAAGUGUUGUUAUAGUCUUUCACUCCAUGAAAACAGUCAGCAGGAACUAUGAUUGGUUUUCUGAAUUGGAUAUUUUUACAGCAGGACUGAAGGUUAAUGAAAAAAAUGCCAAACUCUACAAUAAUGUUGGACAUGCUUUGGAGAGUCGUGGGAAUUUUGAAGAGGCUCUUGAUUAUUUUUUGCGUGCAUCUAUUGUCCAACCAGAUGACAUUGGUGCCCACAUGAAUGUUGGCAGAACCUACACAAACCUAAAAAUAUAUGAUAAAGCUGAAGAGGCAUUCUGGAAGGCCAAAAAUCUGUUACCCCGUCCUAGGGCAGGUGAAGCGUACCAUGCCCGCAUUGCUCCUAGCCAUUUGAACAUUUUCCUCAAUCUAGCCAACCUCAUCUCAAGGAAUGGAACACGCCUUGAGGAAGCUGAUGCCUUGUAUCGACAAGCAAUUGGGAUGCGAGCAGACUACAUCCAAGCCUAUAUCAAUAGAGGAGACAUUCUGAUAAAACUCAAUCGUACUGUUGAAGCUCAAGAGGUGUAUGAGAAAGCUCUUGAAUUUGAUCGGAACAACCCUGAUAUUUACUAUAAUCUAGGAGUUGUUCACUUGGAGCAAAGCAAGCUCCAGGAGGCAUUGGCUUUUUUCGAUAAAGCCUUGGAAUUAGAUCCUGAGCAUGAACAAGCUCUGAUGAACUCUGCAAUCUUGAUACAGGAGAGUGGUCAUCAACAGAAGAGAAAACUUGCUUAUGAGAGGUUGCACAAACUGCUUCGGAAGGGUAAGGUCAAUGAACGCAUAUACUUUAAUCUGGGAAUGGUUGCCAUGGAUGAUGGUGAUAUUAGGCAUGCUGAAGACUGGUUCAAGAAGGCCAUUCAGCUAAAGCCGAACUUCCGAAGUGCGCUCUUCAAUCUGGCCCUCUUGCUCUCUGAUGACCGUAGACCUUUGGAUGCUUUGCCCUUCCUUCAACAGCUGCUGGAGUAUCACCCAGACCAUGUGAAAGGUCUGAUCUUGCUGGGAGACAUCUACAUUAACCACUCGAAGGAUUUAGAUGCUGCACAAAAAUGCUAUGAAAAGAUUCUGUCCCUGGAACCCAGCAACGUGCAGGCCAUUCACAAUCUAUGUGUGGUGUAUGUGGAGAGGGGUCUGCUCCAAGUUGCAGAGGCGUGCCUGAUAAAGGCUGUCUCUUUAGCACCUCAGGAAGAAUACCUGCAGAGGCACCUAACUAUCGUGCAGUCACGUAUCAAAAGGACUAAAGAAGCUCGGGAUGCUCGGCAAUGA